AUGCGUCCCACUCCUUCGCGCCUACUGAACAUUCUCGUUCCUGUCAAGCGGUGCGUUGACUAUGCAGUCAAGAUCCGCGUGAAUCCGCAACAGACGGGCGUGGACUUGAAUGUCAAGCAUUCGAUGAAUCCGUUUGAUGAGAUUGCCGUCGAGGAAGCCGUCCGCCUACGCGACCGUUUAAAGGACGAAGUCAAGUCUAUCAAAGUCGUCACAAUCGGCCCAGCGAAAGCCACAGAGACGCUCCGCACAGCGCUGGCUAUGGGCGCCGACUCGGGCAUCCACGUCGAGAUUCCCGAUGGCCCCGGGCCGGAACCCUUGGGCGUCGCGAAGACGCUGAAGGCCAUCAUCGAACGCGAGAAGGAGAAGGCGCCGGUGGACAUGGUCAUUAUGGGCAAGCAGGCAAUUGACGACGACAUGUGCGCUACGGGGCAGAUGCUUGCGGGUCUGUUGGGGACGGCACAGGCUACUUUCUUGAAUAAGCUCGAGGUGGACCCGAAGGCGGGGGUGGCUAAGGUUACGACGGAGAUCGAUGGCGGUGUUGAGGAGCUGGAGUGUAAGCUGCCGGCUGUAUUCACGACAGACUUGCGAUUGAACGAACCUCGCUACGCUACAUUGCCCCACAUCAUGAAGGCGAAGAAGAAGCCGAUUGAGAAGCUCUCUCCGUCUGACCUUGGUGUUGACCUCACACCCAUUCUCGAGACGCUGAAAGUCACGGAGCCGCCAAAACGCACUGGUGGUGUCAAGGUCGAGAGUGUGGAUGAGCUUGUCUCGAAGCUGAAAGACGCUGGAUUCACGGCUGUCGCAUAG